GGAUGUGUGCGUGUGUAUGUAUGUGUUUGUGAGGCCUCCUGUAUCCUGAUUCUCAUGCAUCCCAACAUAAAAAUAGAAGCGAUAGAGGAUCCGGAGACAUGAGCGCUGUUGGUUUGCGCUCAGCAUCGCUGCGGUGGGUGGCGGCACUGUAACGGACACGCUCUUAGAAUCUAGAAAAGGCCAUUUUUUUUUUAUUCAUGAAAGGAAGCUCGCGGCGAUAAAACGCACGCCGCCAGCGGAUCUCCGAUUUGAGUGUUUGUCGAACAGAGGAUUCCCGAGGUUCCCCUCUCAUCGCGUUUUGUGGCCUUUCGUGUUUCUGAGGGGGCGCGCGCAAUGUCGGAUCGCAUGUUUACGUAUGACGGUGAGAGGACGUGAGGCGCUCGCGAAGAUGCCACGCGCUUUGCGGAGGCUCGCGCAUCUCGUGCUGCUGUGCCCGGUUUCCAAGGGCCUGCAGUCCCGUUUGCCUGCAGUGAAGGUGAAGUACCUGAUGGUGGCAUGGUUGGGUGUAUUGGUGGCCAGCUGGGUUGUCUACAUACAGUACUCCUCCUACUCUGAGCUAUGCAGGGGCCAUGUCUGCACAAUGCUUAUCUGCGAGCACUACCAAAAGGGGAUUAUCUCUGGCUCUGUGUGUAAGUCUUUGUGUGAGGAGAAAACUCUAACUCUACAGCGCUGCCUCUCCACGUCACCUACACAACAGGUAUACAGUGCUGUGUGGAAGGAGAAAGCUGUGGUAGUAAAGUGUGGAUUACAUGACGCUCAGCGUGAUGCCAGUCUGUAUGAUAAACCCACCCGUGGCACAUCCAUGGAUGAAUUUCGAGAGAUGCUGCACUCAUUUCUCAAGAAUAGUCUGGGUGAACAGCUGUCUCUUGGCUCACUUGUCUUGCGCAUUAUCUCACUGGCUGAUGUUAAUGCUGAUGGCAAAGUGUCUCUAGCUGAAGCAAAGUCAGUGUGGGCUUUGCUGCGCAUUAAUGAGUUUGUAUUGACUCUGGUGCUCCAGGAUAAAGAGCAUGCACCCCGUCUUUUAGGGUUUUGUGGCCAACUUUAUACCACAGAGCACGUGGCCCACAGCACCCUUUUCAGUGUAAACAUACCAUCCUGGCUCCAUCCGUUGAUGCCCAAAGCUCUAAGCAGCUCUCUAAACCACUGGCUGGCUCCAGCCUGGCCACGUCGUGCCCGCGUUGCGAUUGGUCUACUAGAGAUGAUGGAGGAACUUUUUCAUGGGGUCUAUGGUACUUUCUACAUGUGUGAUACAACACCUCAACGAGUGGGCUACAGCACCAACUAUGACUGCAAGAUGCCAGACCUGGGAAGUGUGGUCCCAGAAGCAACUGUACGGGCAUUCCUACGAGGACGAGCUUGCCAAAUCAACACCGACUGCACAUUUGGGAGUGACUGCACAGCUACUUGUGAUCGUCUGGCCAAACAGUGCAACACGGAGGUAGUGCGACCAAACUUGGCCAAGGUAUGUGCCCUCUUGAGGGAUUUCCUGUUUUCUGGAGCACCUUCAGACUUGAUGGAUGACUUGGACAAGCAACUACGCACCUGCAUGACACUGAGUGGCCUGGCCUCCCAAAUGGAAGUGCAUCACUCACUUGUGUUAAACAACCUCAAAACACUACUAUGGAAGAAGAUCUCGGACACCAAAUACUCUUGAUAAGUAAGGGGUCGAUCAUGAACUGGACACAAAAAUGUGGAAGGAAGUCAUUUGUCGGGACAAAAGAAAACUCUACACUGAGAGUACACUGACCAGCAAUCCUCUCACAGAAUGGGGCAAAUAGUAGUGUAGAUUGGACAUUGAUGGAGAGACAUGCUUUUUUCUGGAUGUACUGUAUAUAUGAAUACAUGAGCCAUGAGCCAUACCCUUCAACAAAGAGGCUUUAGUAAAAGCUUUUUAAAAGUGUGCCUCAGGAAAUCUUUUGCAUUUUCCAUACAUACAGUAUAGAAGGCAAGGUGAUUUAUUUUAAAACCAUUUUUCAGAAUUUAGCUCUGUACCCUUAUAGUUAAAAGCAGAGAGAGGUGAGAUUACAUGUCAGCAAAGACCCUCGGACAGCCUCUUUUUUUUUUUUUUUUUUUUUUACCUUCAUUUCUAUACUGCUUUGUGCAAGUCUUGGCCAAAUCUAAACAAAUAAAAUAAAAACUAAGUAAAAAUGAAAGCUAUCUUAAUAUUAAAACUGAGCUACGAAUAGUGUAUCUAUAUUUAAUGACAGGCAUUUGGCUUUAAAUUUGGGUGAGUAAAACUCAGAUUUACUGUAGUGCAGUUUUCUGGAGAAAGCUGUUUGGUUGUUUAAGCAGAAUCUUCUUACCCUAAAUUUUCCUGGUUCUGAUUUAAAAAACAAAUAGGCAAAAUGAAACAUAAGUAGUGUAAUUAAGUAUUUAAGAUCAAGUUUAAGUAUUCUACUUAAGUAUUUAAAUUUGAUGGGACUUUUUACGUUAACAUUUUUAUUUUACUUUUACAUUUCAGGGUGAAAUACUUAUUACUCCACUAUAUUAUGCGAUAUCUGUCAUUCUUACUUAUAGAUGGGAAAACAGAGUACAAAUAAAGUUUAUUUAGUUGGUUGCACCUGCAAGAUGUAGCGAACACAAAAAAUCUCCUGACACUCAGUCGACACUUCAACACCUACAGUAUGUCCUUAUUUGCCAGAAUAUUUUUUUCUGUAAUUGUUCAUUAUAUCUGCGCAAACAUACAGAUGAACUCAUUUUUGUGCUUUGAUUUUAUUUAAUUGACUACCGUUUCUGCAGAAAAGAAAUAUUCAUCUGUGUAUUGGUUCUAAUUUACUCGUCAUUACAGUGAUAAUAUUGUGGCCCUUGCUAGAUAGGUAUUGAUCAUUCGUCAUUCCUAAGCAGCAAAGCAUUUACUACACCACGACCAAAUACAGCAAGAGCAACAAGGACUGGAGUUAGUAUUUAACUGAAGUUUUAUCCAUUUCCAUUAACUGGCCAGCUGUUUCACCUUAGUUUGUAGUUUUGAAACCUUUCAGCUAAAAGGAGAAGAGCAACAUGAUGAAUGAAUAAUAUGAUGAAGAUAAGAGUCUGUCCAUGUGCAAUCAGUCACAUCAGGCCACAAAAACUUCAUCCCAGGCAGUUCAUUACAGGUUCUGGUCGAUAUCCAAUUGUAUCUGAGCAAUUCCAGGUGAAGGAACCUGCUCAAGGAUACAACAUUGGUUGCUCAGCAGCACGAACCAGUUAUGUUAAGGUUAAGUUAUGUUAAAACUUGGACUUGGCUAAACAAAAUCGAUCUGGACUAGUUUUGGAUGCAGCUGAUGAUGCCAAAAGAGUUUGCAGGUGGAGUGAAGUUCUAGUUUAACCAGCUGAGAUUACCAUUUCCAAAAAUUCAGCUUCCCCUGGCUUUGUUCAGAACCACUGCUAAACUAUCAAAAAAAAAAAAAAAAAAAAAGAUUAUCUAUUACAUGCUAAACACAAGGGCAGAAUACUGACAUCUGGGAUAAUUACAAGGUCCUCCGUGCAAGAGAUCUCUGUCUUCUUGCAGAGGCAAAAUGUCAGCUCCUCUUCAAAAUCCAAAGGAUCCCUCAAGUAUAGCAUGUACAGCAUUAAAUGUACAGCGGUGUAUAAUUUAUAGAUUUUUUUUAAAAAGCACAUGCAAUUUAAACUGUAAUAUGUGGCUAUUAGAUGUUCCAUUUAGUAUUUAAUUGUAUUUAUGUAGGCUGCAAAUAACGGCACAAAUGAUAGUUAAAACCGUGUUUGCCAAUAUUUAUUUAGCAACUUAAAAGUAAAAAAAUAAAUACUUAAAUUAUUGACGAACCUACAUAAACCUAUACCGCUUAUAUCGAAAUCAUCAGGUAUAUGACUGCCCUGUGUUUCCUCUGACUGUUGUACCUCCAUCUCAGCAGGCUCAGUUUCUCCUGCUUUGUCCCCUGUGGGUUGUGGUGCAGCAACAUCAGGGUCCAGCGGCACCCGCGGCUCGGCCACAGGGGGGGUUGGCCACAACACACUCAGCUGCAGGUACAGCAGGGCCAUUUGUCUCAG